CCUCGAUCUGACCUUCUCUUCAAUCGCAUCCGCCCGCGUCGUCUCGUCACCCCCGUUGUGGUCGCCUGGGAAGAGGAGGGAGGCCAGCUUGCCGCUAGGGUUAGGGUUUCGGGCGGGAGGGACAGAGGCGGGGCUGCAGCCAUGGCGCUCAAGUUCCUGAACAAGAAGGGAUGGCACACGGGGUCCCUCCGCAACAUCGAGCGGGUAUGGAAGGCGGAGCAGGCGGAGGAGGCGGAGCGCCGCAAGACGGAGGAGCUCAAGAAGCAGGUCGCGGCCGAGAGGGAGAAGGCCGAGUUCCGGGCCAUGCAGGAGCGCGCCGGCCUCAGGCCGGCGCAGGAGAGGCUCGACUUCCUCUACGAGUCGGGGUUGGCCGUCGGCAAGAGCUCCGAAGGGUUCCAGGCGCUGCAGCAAUCUGCACCGGGGGCAGCUGCCGCGUCCACUUCUGCACAGGCGAGUGCGGCUGAUUCUUCCAAGGCAGCUACACCGGGAGCUUUAUUUGAGGAUAAACCCCAAUCUGCAAAUGAUACAUGGAGAAAACUCCACUCUGAUCCUCUACUCCUAAUAAGGCAGCGGGAGCAGGAUGCGAUUUCAAGGAUUAAAAACAAUCCAAUCAAGAUGGCCGAGAUAAAGAAAUCUGUUGAAGCUGAGAAAAAGCAAAAAGAAGAGAAGAAAGCGAAGAAAAAGCACAAGAAGCAUCACCACCAUAAGUCAAAGAGUAAGAGGCAUCACUCAGAUGAGAAUUCUGAUUCAGAUGAAAUAAGUGAUGGCAAAGAUGAGAGAAGGAAGAGGUCUCAUUCUUCUCUUCAUAAGAAAGAAGAGAACAUGUCCAGGCAUAAGAAGCAGCACAGAGAAGAUUCAUCAGAUUCAGACGAUGAACCGCAGAGAAGAAAGCAGGAUGUAUCAGAAAAUGAUGAACCGAGGAGAAGACUACAUGACGACAAUGAACCGAGGAGAAGAUGGCAGGAUGACGUUGAACCGAGGAGAAGACUGCAUGACGACGAUGAACCGAGAAGAUGGCAGGAUGACGUUGAACCGAGGAGAAGAAGACAGGAUGAUGGUGAAUCAAGGAGAAGAUGGCAGGACGACGAUGAACUAAGGGGAAGACGGCAGGUUGAUGAGAAACCAAGGGAAAGAAGCUACGUUAAUCGUCCAAGAUAUGACCGCUCUGACGCUGAUGAUAGGAGGAGACACCAUUCACCUCGAGACACUAAGCCCAAAAGAGUGGAUGAUGGCCACAAAACUGGAAAUUCCACUUCUGAACACCAUUCCCGCUCUGAACAAGGCUCUGGCGAGCAGACAAGGCAAGAGAGCGAACAUGACAGGAAUAGUGGUCCUUCAUUGAACCGACGACGCGGUGGUGUCCACCAUAUGUCAGAAGAGGAGAGGUUAGCUCGUCUGCACCAGAUGCAGGCUGACGCUGAGGUCCACGAGGAGCAGAGAUGGAAGAGGCUCAAGAAAGCUGCAGACGACGAUGCUAAAGAGGCAACAACUGUGAAUGCAAACCAGUUCAAAGGGAAGAACUUCUUGGAAGAUGAAAAGAAGAGCAUAUUUGGAACAGAUAAGGGUGGCAGUGCCACGAUUGAAGAGAGCAUCAGGCGCCGCGCUUUCUACUCGCAGGGUGGGCGUGAUGCCGAGGGCAAUGCCUUCAGGCGGUGAAUAUAUUGUUUUGUUGUUUGCUGCCUUGUUGGACUCAUCUUGCCGUCGUGUUCGUUUUAUUAUUGUACGUGAAAGUUGAGAACUAUGUACAACAAUUUCUCAAUAACAGCAAUUUUAUAUGCAACUUCAAAUUUUUGAUACAGAAUUUGGCCUAAACUGCACCGAAGAGUGAUUGCCUC